UAUGAAAGUCUGCGACUAGAAUGGGAAUUCCGAUUUUGAAGAGAUCAAUGUUCUGGUUUCAAUAAUGAUCAAAAAGAUAUACUGAAUAAUGGCAUCGUUUGGUAAUGAUAGUCAACCUGACAAAAACCAAUUUGGUUGUUACCAAAUAAAAAAAGUUGGAAAAUUCUGGCUUUUGAAGGUGAAUGAGAGGUCAAUGAGAAUAAAAUUCCUUGAUCAUGCGAAAGACGUCUUUAUAGAAGAAACCUUUUUAAUCGCAGACGAUGAAAUAUUUGAAAUAAAGGACAACGAAUACGGAGAACUUUCAAUUAAAAAAGUGGAAGAAUUUUUGCAUAAUCCAAUAGAAUGUGAUUCUUCAUCUGAAGAUGUAAAGACUGAUCAAAAUGAAAUUUUAAAUGAAGUUGGUAACGCUGAGAUAGAUAAGGCUAUAGAGAUUGAAAAUGAAAAUCUUGACAAAGACGAGUGAUAUGGCUGCAAGUCUUAAUGAAGUGGAAACUUUCGAUAAAUCUGUGUUGCAAAGGUUGUUUCCUGACAUCUCUGUCAAACAAAAGAACCACAAAGACUGGAUGACAGAUUUUGAAAAAGAGAUUGACAGUUAUCUUAAAACUUUAAAACAGCAAUCAGCAUCCAGUAGUGAUAUUGCUGCAAGUUUGAAUGAAGUGGAAACUUUCGAUAAAUCUGUGUUGCAAAGGUUGUUUCCUGACAUCUCUGUCAAACAAAAGAGCCACAAAGACUGGAUGACAGAUUUUGAAAAACAGAUUGACAGUCAUCUUAAAACUUUAAAAUCCAGUAGUAUCAAAAGUGAAGGAAGGAUACUGGAACUAGAGGCUACAGUAAAAAUUAAUAAGGAAGAACGAAGCUCUCUGGUAAACGACCUUGAUAUAUUAAUAGUUCAUUUAUUUCAUUUCCGUGUAAAAUGAAUAAUAGGGGGCCGAAAAAUGCUAUUAUACAUUCCAUUUGAGAUUAGAACUUUCCUAUUGACGGCCUUCACAUUUAACUUAAAGUUGAUACAUUGUUCACCGUUAUACGAUAUAUAUCAUCGAGAGUUGAUAA